AUGCCGCCCAAGAAGCCAGACCUGUCUGGCUACCAGUAUUCGGCGCUCUCGUCGCUCGUCAUCAGCGCCGACCGUCCGCAUCGACGUCCCGAUGAACCCUCGGGCGAGGCCGAGUCGCUGGCUGGACGCAUCAAUGUGCGCGACAUGGGCACCGCCGUCAAGGUCGAGGGCGUAAAGGACCUCGACAAGAAGCGCAAAAAGGCGAAUGCUGAUGAUGGCCAGCGCCAAUCCAAACGUCAGGCUGCUGCCGUCAGUGCCGGCCCUUCCUCCUCCGUUGCUGGCGGUGCCUCCUUCUCCAACCAGUCCAACUACACCGACAUCCUCCAGGCCACCGCCGAGCUCGAGGGCCUUCGCUACCAUCCACGCACCCAAGAGACACGCGACAUCUACGAACUCAUCCUCAGCAUCGUCCACACCGCCCUCGGCGACCAGGCACAGGACGUGGUGCGUUCCGCCGCCGAUACCACCCUAGAGAUCCUCAAGGAUCCAAACCUCAAGGACCUCGACAAGAGAUCCGAGAUCGAGGACAUCAUCGGCUCCUUGUCCACCGAGUCCUUUGGUCAGCUUAUCAACCUCAGCAAGAAGAUCACCGACUACGACGAGCCAGAACAGUCCAACCCCGCCAACGAUGCCGAUGCAAAGAUGGGCGAGAUCGAUCAGCAGACAGGUGUAGCCGUGCUCUUUGACGAGGAAGAGGAGGACAGCGAUCAAGAUGGCGUCGGUUACGUCGUUCGUGACGGCAGCGACGAUUCAGAUGCAUCCGACGACGACGACGCAGAUACGCGGCGCAAACGCGCACGGUCGGGCUCCGAGCAUCCAGAUUCGGACGCGCAAGCUUCGGAUCAAGACGGCGACGAGCUCGUGAUUGGCGCCGGCUCGUCAAGAGCUGCGGACGCUAGCCAACGUGAUCCCAACCAACUCCAUCCGCGCGACGUCGAUGCCUUCUGGAUUCAGCGUCAGAUCGCCCAACACUACCCCGAUGCGCACGAAGCCAGCGAAAAGGCAGACGCCGCCUUCGACAUCCUCUCCGCCGAGUCCGACGUCCGCGACUGCGAAAACAGCCUCAUGGAGCUCUUUGACUACGACAAGUUCGAGCUCGUUCAGAUCCUCACAAAGCACAGAGACGCCAUUGUUUGGUGCACCCGUCUAGCGCGCGCAGACGACGACGAAAAGGUCAACGUCCAGGUCGCCAUGCGCGAAAAGGGCGUCGCUUGGAUCCUCAAGGCACUGCAAGGCGACGACAAACCUUCUACAUCCACCAACGGCAAGUCCUCCACUCAACCGAAUGCUGUCGAUCUCGAAGAUGCCCAGCGCAGAUCAAAGCGUCUCACCUCGCGCGCCACGAUCGCUCCCGGAUCCACCGCACAGCCCCGUAAGGGCGUCGACCUCGAGGCCAUGGCCUUUGCUCAGGGCGGCCAUCUCAACACCAACGCAAAGGUCCGUCUGCCAGAGGGCUCUUUCAAGCGCACCAAGAAGGGCUACGAGGAGAUCCACAUCCCCGCCCCUGCCAAGCGCACCGUCGGCGACGCAGACCUCGUGCCCAUCUCCAGCAUCCCAGCAUGGGCCCAGGCCGCCUUCCCCGGCGCCACUUCGCUCAACCCUGUCCAAUCCCGCUGCUAUCCGGUCGCGUUUGGGUCCGACGAGCCCAUGCUCCUCUGUGCGCCAACCGGUGCCGGCAAGACCAACGUCGCCAUGCUCACCGUCCUCAACGAGAUUGGCAAGUGGCGCGACGACGCUACUGGCGACAUCGAUCUCAAUGCAUUCAAGAUUGUCUACGUCGCGCCCAUGAAGGCGCUUGUCUCCGAGCAAGCCGCCAACUUCCGCGACCGCCUCCAAUCCUACGGAAUCACCGUCAACGAGCUUACCGGAGACAGCCAGCUCACCAAGGCUCAGAUUGCGGAGACGCAGAUCAUCGUCACCACGCCCGAAAAGUGGGACGUCAUCAGCCGCAAGAGCACCGACACCUCCUACACCAACUUGGUCCGCCUCCUCAUCGUCGACGAGAUUCACCUCUUGCAUGACGACCGUGGUCCCGUCCUCGAAGCCAUCAUCUCGCGCACCAUCCGUCGCAUGGAGCAGAUGAACGACCCGGUCCGUCUGGUCGGUCUCUCCGCCACGCUGCCCAACUACCAGGACGUGGCCACUUUCCUCCGCGUCAACCCCAAGUCCGGCCUCUUCUACUUUGAGGCCAACUACAGACCGUGCCCCUUGAAGCAGGAGUACGUCGGCAUCACCGAGAAGAAGGCCAUCAAGAGGCUGCUCGUCAUGAACGAGGUCACCUACGAAAAGACGCUCGAUCAGGCGGGCAAGAACCAGGUGCUCAUCUUUGUCCACUCGCGCAAAGAGACCGCAAAGACCGCCAAGUUCAUCCGCGACCGCGCCAUGGAGCAGGACACCCUCAAUCGCUUCUUGCCACCGUCCCCCGCGAGUCAGGAGGUGCUCAGAUCCGAACUCGACAACGUCACCGAUGGCGAUCUCAAGGACUUGAUGCCCUACGGUUUCGGUAUCCACCAUGCUGGCAUGUCGCGCCUCGACCGCGAGCUCGUCGAGGCGCUCUUCGCCGACGGUCAUCUGCAGGUGCUCGUCUCCACCGCCACCCUGGCGUGGGGUGUCAAUCUGCCCGCUCACACCGUCAUCAUCAAGGGCACGCAGAUCUACAAUCCCGAAAAGGGUCGAUGGUGCGAGAUCACGCCGCAAGACAUGCUGCAGAUGCUCGGACGUGCCGGUCGACCGCAAUACGACACGUUUGGAGAAGGCAUCAUCAUCACCAACCACUCCGAGCUGCAGUACUACCUCAGUCUGCUCAACCAGCAGCUGCCCAUCGAAUCGCAGCUCGUCUCCAAGCUCGCUGACAACCUCAAUGCCGAGAUCGUCCUCGGCACCAUCCGCAACCGCGACGAGGCCGUCGCUUGGUUGGGGUACACGUAUCUGUACGUGCGCAUGCUGCGCUCGCCCGCGCUCUACAGCGUCACCGCAGACUAUGCCGAAGACGAUCCCUUUCUCGAGCAGAAGCGCGCCGACAUUGUGCACACCGCCGCGGCUCUGCUCGAAAAGUGCGGCCUGCUGCGCUACGAACGCCGCAGCGGCAACUUUGUCUCGAACGAGCUCGGCCGCAUCGCAUCGCACUACUACAUCACCCACGACAGCAUGGCGACGUACCACCAGCAGAUCAAGCCGCAGCUCGGCCUCAUCGAGCUCUUCCGCGUGUUUGCGCUCUCCAACGAGUUCCGCCACCAGGUGGUGCGCCAGGACGAGAAGCUCGAGGUGGCCAAGCUGCUCGAACGCGUGCCUGUGCCCGUCAAGGAGUCGGCCGACGACCCCAUCGCCAAGGUCAACGUGCUGCUCCAGUCGUGGAUCUCGCAGCUCCGGCUGGACGGAUACGUGCUUGCUGCCGACAUGGUGUACAUCACCCAGUCCGCCGGCCGCAUCCUUCGCGCCAUCUUUGAGAUCUGCCUCAAGCGUGGUUAUGCGAGGCUGAGCCGGAUGGCGCUGGAUCUGUGCAAGAUGGUCGAGUCGCGCCAGUGGGGCUCCAUGACGCCGCUGCGCCAGUUCCGCGGUGUGCCUGCGGAUCUGAUCCGCAGACUGGAGCGGAAAGAGUAUCCGUGGAAUCGGCUGCGGGAUCUCGAGCCAAACGAGAUCGGCGAGCUGAUUGGAAUUCCAAAAGCGGGCCGUCUGGUGCACCGACUCGUGCAUCAAUUCCCGCGUCUCGAGCUGCAGGCCUUCUUCCAGCCGCUCACCCGCUCCCUGCUUCACGUCCAACUCACCAUCACCCCCGACUUCCAGUGGGACGAAAAAGUGCACGGCGGCGCUCAGUCGUUCUGGAUCAUGGUGGAAGACGUCGAUGCCGAGAUCCUGCACUACCACGACCAAUUCCUCCUGCUGCGCAAGUAUGCCGAGGAGGAGCAUACCGUCAGCUUCACGAUCCCCAUGACGGAGCCGCUGCCGCCCAACUACUACAUCAGCGUCGUCAGCGAUCGCUGGCUGCACAGCGAGGUGCGAUUGCCCAUCUCGUUCAAGAACCUCAUCCUGCCCGAAAAGUUCCCGCCGCACACGCCGCUGCUCGAGCUGCAGCCGCAGCCGCUGAGUGCGCUCAACGAUCGACCCGCUCAGGAGCUCUACCGCGACUCGUUUGCGCACUUCAACAAGGUGCAGACGCAGACGUUCCAUGCACUCUACGGCAGCGACGACUCGGUGUUCGUCGGCGCACCCACGGGCAGUGGCAAGACGGUCUGUGCCGAGCUUGCGCUGCUCCGGCUGUGGAAGGAUGCGGAUGCGGGCCGCGCCGUGUGCGUCGUGCCGUACGAGUCCAUGGUUGCACCGCGUGUGGCCGAGUGGAAGACCAAGUUCGGCGAGUACCAGGACGGCAAGGAGGUCGUCGCGCUGACGGGCGAGACGAGUGCGGACCUUCGUCUGCUCGAAAUGGCGGAUGUGGUCGUGACGAUCCCGGAGCACUGGGACGUGCUGUCGCGCCGCUGGCGCCAGCGCAAGAACGUGCAGUCGGUCGCGCUGUACAUCUUUGACGAGAUCCACAUGAUCGGAGACUGGCGCGUGGGGCCGACGUACGAGAUUGUCGCUUCGCGCGCGCGGUUCGUCGCAGCGCAGACCGAGAGGCCGACGCGCAUGGUGGCGCUCAGUGUGCCGCUCGCGAACGCGCGCGACGUCGGCGACUGGCUCGGAGCGCCGAGCGGCAGCGUGUUCAACUUUGCGCCGAGCGCGCGUCAGACGCCGAUGGAGGUGCACAUCCAGACGUUCAGCAUGCCGCACUUCCCGUCCAUGAUGAUCGCCAUGGCCAAGCCGGCGUACCUUGCCAUCAUUGAGCAUGCGCCCGACCAGCCGGUGAUUGCAUUCGUGCCCUCGCGCAAGCAGGCCAAGCUGACUGCGAACGACUUGCUCGCGUACGUGCUCGCCGACAGCGAGCGCGACGAUGGUGCGAGCGACGACGGCGAAUCGCGCUUCCUCAACAUCGAGAUGGAGGACCUGGAGCCGCAUCUGCAGCGCGUGCAGGACCGCGAUCUGCGCGAGCUGCUCGCCUCGGGCAUCGCCUACUACCACGAGGGGCUCACCAAGAACGACCGACGCAUUGUGGAGCGGCUGUUUGCAGCGGACGCGAUCCGCGUGGUGGUGGCGAGCAAGGAGACGGCGUGGAGCAUCCCGCUGACGGCGCAUCUGGUGCUCAUCAUGUCGCUGCAGACGUACGAGGGCCGCGAGCACCGCUAUGUGGACUAUGCGCUGCCGGACGUGCUGCAGAUGGUGGGGCGAUGCACGGUGCCCAACGACGAGGGCACGUCGCGCUGCGUGCUGCUGUGCCAGGCGACGCGCAAGGAGUACUUUAAGAAGUUCCUCGCCGAGGGCCUGCCCGUGGAGAGCCGGCUGACGAGCUAUGCGCAGGACUUUUUCAACGCCGAGAUUGUGGCGCGCACCAUCGACGACAAGCAGGCGGCGGUGGACAUUCUGACGUGGACGCUCAUGUACCGGCGUCUGCAGCAGAAUCCGCAGGCGUACAACUGCCAGGGCAAGAGCAUGCAGCACAUUGGCGACUAUCUGUCCGAGCUGGUGGAGACGACGCUGGCGGAUCUGGAGAACUCCAAGUGCAUCGCCAUCGAGGACGAGAUGGACGUGAGCCCGCUCAAUCUGGGCAUGAUCGCGAGCUACUACAACGUGAGCUACGUCACGAUCGACGUGUUCAACAUGUCGCUCAAGGACAAGACCAAGCUGCGCGGCAUGCUCGAGAUCGUCAGCUCGGCUGCCGAGUUCGAGGACCUGCCGAUUCGUCAGCACGAAGAUGUGCUGCUGCAGCGGCUGUACGAUCGACUGCCGCUCAAGUUGGAUCGGCUCAAUCUGCUGAGUCCGUACCACAAGGUGUAUAUCCUGCUGCAGGCGCAUUUUGCGCGGUUGACGCUACCGGUGGACUUGGAGGCGGACCAGCGUAUUGUGUUGGGUAAGGUGCUCAAUCUGCUCUCGGCGUGUGUGGACGUCAUGUCGUCCAACGCGUACUUGAAUGCGAUUGUGGCGAUGGAGCUGUCGCAGAUGGUGGUUCAGGCGGUAUGGGAUAAGGACUCGGUCCUGCGGCAGGUGCCGCACUUUAGUGCCGAGGUGAUUGAGCGCUGUCGCGCGCGUGGGGUCGAAGACGUAUUCGGCCUAUCGGACCUGCUUGCGGAUUUGUCCGAGGUCGAACGCGAUGAGUUGCUGCAGAUGGACAAGAAGCAAACCGCACGCGUGGCGGCGUUUGUCAACGCCUUCCCCUACAUCGAGCUGAGCUACAGCAUCGAAACGCCACGCGAAGAGAUGAACGCCUCAGACCCCAUUACGGUGCGCGUCACGCUCGACAAGGACGACGAAGACGACGAAGAGGGUCUGGUGGUUCAAAGCGCCUUCUACCCCGCACGCAAGCUGGUCCAGUGGUGGGUGGUCAUCGGCGACCCCGCCACCAAGAAUCUGCUCGCGAUUAAAAAGGUCACUGUGCGCAAGACGGUACAGCUCGACCUCGAGGUCACGUUGCCACAGGGAAGACACGACCGCCUCAAGAUGUGGUUGGUCUGCGACUCGUAUCUCGGCGCCGACCGCGAGGUCAACAUCGAACCACUCGACGUCAUGGAGGGCCACGAAGAAAGCGAAGAAAGCGAAGACGAUGAAGAGAGCGACGACGACGAGUAG